AUGCGUCUGAAGGACAGUUCGCUAUCCCCCAGUCCUACCUCGACAUCCACGGCACCUGUUUGUAAUCUCACUACUAGUGCCCGCUGUUGGUUGAUGGAACUGUUGGCCCUGCUUUCGACCGAUUCCGGCCUCGCUGUACGAUUACUCCGCCUCGGUGUGAUGGAAGUCUGUCAUCAAGUAAUUUUGAGCACCACAUGCAAAAAUCCAAUCCUGUCUGGUUCACCCCACUCCAACAACGCAUGCACCACUUCGGCCGUCCCCCAUUGGGAUCGUGUAGCCUGUGCUCGAGCUACCGAUCCGACCAAUCAGUUGUCCACUCAGGAGAAUCAACAGAUGUUGGACAACAUUGAGCAAAAACUAUGUCACAUGUUGGGUUAUAUGUGGGUGGAGGCUAGUGCUGAGUUGAGCAGGGUCCGUGGCCCGCAACAAACUCUCAAAGAUGGGUUGUACUAUAUCACCACUCGUUUCGCUCUGAAACUGCUGGCACAUUUACUAUUUCACGUGGAUGAUGCAUUCAACGAAUUCAAAAUGGUUUAUCAAGAGUCUGAUCCGUUCAAAUUGGUUGCUUGCUAUGGCCACCUGACUGGAGCUGUACCACCUGCUGUCCCCCGAUUAUGUCAUGAGCUUCCUCCGGGAUAUCGUUCCAAACGAACAAGAACACCAGGUCUAUGGGACACAACCCCGGGCACCAGUUCUGUUAAUACCACUGUGGUAGAUAAGCAACCAAUGAACUCGAAUUUGUCCGAAUUAUCGCAUCGACCUGUCCCCGUUUGUUCAUGUGUUCCGUCUGCUCAUGGCACUCAAGCUUUUUUGGGACUUAUUCGCGGUCUCUUGUACUGGCGCUUGGUCAACCCAGGGAACACUCGAAGUGUUGAGGCAGUGGAUCAAUUUGGGAAUCAUGUGACCUCCUCUUCUGGUUUGGGAAUGAAUGCGGACGAUGUGGCGCUUUUGGUCAUUCAACCCUUGACGGAAGGUUGUUUGCACGUGGAAGACACACGUAUCUUCUCGUGGAUAUGUCACGUUCUCGUCUUGGUUCUGGACCAGCGUACGGAAUUGCACUUUUGGACAGUCUACACUAACUCAUUCGUUCGCGAAAUGGACAACCGGGUCACCGCCCUGAUCAAAGCUGUUCAGGCAGCUGAAGACGGGCGAAACUGUGUUCAGUUCAUCGAGCAUCUGAUUCCCAUGGUAAAGUUAUUCGCUUGUCUGGCUUCCGGAAGCGAAUCGAUCCGUGUUCUGCUCAUCACCGACAACCUUGCAGCUGCUUGUCGUGGCCACAGUUUGUGCGCGGAUUUAGUGGAGGCGGCCUCGUGCGCUCUGGUCAACAUAUUAUUACCACAGUCUCCUAUUCGUCAAAAAGAGUCUCAUCCGCUCAUGGACAGUUGCUUGGAUGUCCUCAUUCGUCUAAUCACAGUGACCGAAUCUGGACCAGUGACCAGUCCUCAAAACCGACCUGAUAUACCUGCCCUGGAGGAGACCCAGAUUGAAACGACACCAGAACUACGUAUGCAUCACACUCUGUCCGCACCGGAGCUACUUACGAUGCUGCUCCGUCUCAGAUUGAACGGAAUCUGGGGUUUGGUCAAUUUCUUGCAUGGUGCCUCUGCGGUCACUUGCUCCGAACUUUUCGAUCGUUUAGUCUCCGAUGGAGUCUGGCUUGACCUACUUCGACCGUUAGCCACAAACACUCAUAAUUCGACCGCUUGGACCAAUCCUCAAGUAAACCACACACCAACCACCCGUCGAUGUUCAACCGGUUCCGUCAAUCGGCUGGAAUCCAAGACAAACAAACUAAGAACUCGGAGUAUGAUUCUACCUGAGUCCGCAUCCAUUCGUGAUCCCAUGUUCUUCCCACCACUUUCGCUGACACCACCAGACGAACGGUUGAAACCGAUUAGUCCACCAAGUCUUCCAUCGAAACGGGCCGGAUCGGAGAAACCAGUUUCACCCACAGUUCCCGAGGAAGGCAUGACUUCACCUAAUCACCAAGUGGACGCACAUGUUCAAACUAUGUUGCUUCACAAAACGCUAAUGUUCUUGCAUAAUCUGCUGCGCCACGAAAAGGUGAUUGAUAUGAUUGUCAAAGAGCAUUGGUGGAAUAUCACCCAGCUACUGGUUUCGGUGCUCGAGGGCAACUAUCCGCAACCAGUGAAAGAGCAGCGUUCUCCGGACAGCCAUAUCAAAGCGGCGGCGCUUACAGCAACUUACAAUCUACUUGGUCUGGGUCGUGAUCCUUCUGAUUACGGUCUGAUUGGUUCAAGCCGGACCCACAGUGAUCCUUUUUUGUCACAUCAGUGGCGUCUGUAUCAUCGACACCAUCGUCAAAAAGAUCGCCAUCGACGAAAGGUUGAAAAUCUUAACCGUUCAACUACAAGUUCAUCAACUGCUGGACCGUCUACGCGACGAGAUGUGGCCACUUGUGUUGCCCAGAGUGCUUUAGAAGAGGCUGAAGAGGAAAUAGAAGAGGAAGAGGAACAGGACAUUGUGCUGGAACAUGCCGUGAUGACUGAGGAGGGCUCGCUGCAUUUGCCCGGUGCUCGGGAUUCCAUUUCCCAUAGGGCUCUGCAGACUGAUGAAGUGCUAACAGACCCGUCACCGGUUGUGCAAGACUCGACUGUUUCGUUUUCAGGAGACCGUCCCUUAGCUCCUCUCGAUCCUAGUUCUUCGACGAGUUUUGGACGUCGGACGUUCACGCAUCAAUCCAGUCGCCGAUGGUGGCAUUUAUCGCCAACCACCACGGAAUCGAGUUUCACUCACAGAAUCACUCCAAGUACUACACAGACGAGAGCAACAGCUGCUAAUGCUACUCUCUGCUCUUUAUCUGCUAGUUCCUCUUCCUCCAGCACCUCCAGUACUUCUUCCACGUCUUGUGCGGAAGAUCUAGCCAGUACUGUCGUCCAAGUUCCGGAUCUGGAUCAGUCUACCACUCAGGAUACCGGUGCUUUUUCGUCUACAAGUUGCAGCGAGGCCGAGUUAAAUGUCACCACUCCCUCCAUCGAUCAGCACUCCCACGAUGAUACGAUGGCCGAAUCAUUGGCAUUGGAUGCUCGUGCACCUCUUGCCUCUCAAGAGGGCGCUGACGAGACAGAAUCACAAGCUGUUCAGCUAACUCGUGUCUACUCGACUGAUGCUGCUUCUCAGACUGCAGGAGUUACUGCUUUCAGUGGUCCGGUUUCGUCAUCCCAAUCUCGUUGGGGUGAUAGCAGAGCUGUUCGCAAGGAGACAGAUCAAACCUCUUCCCGGCACCAACCUUGGUCUGGCUCGUUACAACAACAGUUUGUCUGUCCACGACGUUCCCGUCGCGAUCUGGAAACUGGAUUCCGUCAGAUUCUGUUACCUUUUCUUCAGGAGUUGGAAUCUGAUCAGCUUUUACGAAACACAUGGGAUUGGCUUAUGUUGCGAGCAAACACACGCGGCAAACCGGUUCCAUUGCAUCACCUGUUUGUUGCUUGGCAGCGUCUCUACAAUAUGCUUCCAAGUGGGAGUCCUCCUCACACCAUAUCUGACACGCUUAAUAUUGAGUCUAAUUUGUUCAAUAACUGUGUAACAGUAGAUGCGUUUCUCCGCCGCCUCAAAGAUUCAUCCAAUCCCACUUGCUCCACUUCGUUAUUGGCCGCAAUACCCCGGCACCGUGAUGGUCGCCAUCGUCGCAGACACCAUCAUUGUCAUCGACAUCAAUCUCAUGGACAGAAUCGGCACAUGACAUCACCACGUGAAACCACCACGGCUGCCGUCACAGAUGGUGCAUCAACCUCAACACCAGUUCCCCCGGUGACCACAUCCGAAGAAGUGGAACGAACUGAUGAGUUUGUCUCCGAUGACCCAAGUGGUCGUAACUGA